GUCGCAAAUUAGUUGACAUAGUUUCACUACGUCGCAUCAGUGCGUAGAUACAUUGAGUGAAAAAGUUUACAUCUGGUAAAAAAAAUGAAAAUAUUUAUAAUGCUUUUGAUUUUACAAAUUUUACUUAUUUGUUACCUGUUACUUAUCGUACAUCUCUUCACAAUAUUUAAAAAUAUCAAAUAUUUAUAUUAUAUUAGAUGUUAUUAUAUAAAAUAUGUUUGUAGAAAAUUUUAAAUAUCUGUGCAUGUUAUUAUUCUUAUACACUUUUAAUCUUAAACGUAAUAUUAUUCCUUUGUGACAUAAUACUAAUUUAACAAGUUUUUAGAAAGAAAAAUUGGAGCAUAUUGUUUGUUAUAUCGAAUAUAAAUUAUGAAAAUUAAUUACACGCUACUGUCUUUAAAGGCACAUUAUUUCUUUUUUAUGGGAGGUAUGGGAUCUAUUUUUCCAUUUAUACCUGUUUAUGGUAAACAACUUGGUGUUUCUCCAAUAAUAAUGGGUAGUAUCACUGCCGUUUUACCUAUUCUAUAUGUGAUUACUAAACCAAUAUUCGGUCUCAUUAUGGAUUAUUUUCAAACUAAAAAAAGAUUGAUCUUUAUGGCUGUACUCAUCGUUGCAAAUAGUUCUUAUAUUCUGUUGUAUUUUCUACCUCCUUUGCCGGGACCAAUAUUACCAGAUCAUCAAUCAUUCCAAAACGUUUCCUGUGCGUUUUUACCAUUUUGUGAUAUAAAUUCUAAUUCCUCAGUAGUAUUAUGUGACGGUACGAAAAACACUACAUGUCACUGGAAAUGCAAGGAUACAAAUUUUUCCUUGCAAUUAUCUUUUCAUGCAGCUGAAGAAGAAGCAGUUAUUUCAUCAAACACUAGCUGUUUAUUAAAUUUUGACGAAAUAUCAUUAUGUCAAGAAAAGACAACAGAAAAUUAUAAUUGCAAUUUUAUUUGUUUAGGUAAAGGUGAAGAAAUGAAAUAUGGUAGACAGCGUCUAUGGGGUGAAAUCAGUUACGGUUCAGCCGGAUUUUUAAUUGGCUAUACAGUGGAUGUAUGGUCUCAAGGGAAAACGUACAAAACUUAUACACCAGCAUUUCUUUUUGUGUUUGUAUUUACUUGUAUCGAUUUGAUCUGCUGCAGCAAAUUAAAGUUGCCACGUAUAUCAAGAUCUACAAACAUAUUUGUAGAUGUAUAUGCACUUUUAAAGCAUAAAUCUGUAGUUACAUUUUUGUGUUUUGCUACCUUUGUUGGUGCUCUUGAUGGCUACAUAAUUUUCUUUUUAUUGUGGUUUGAAGAAGAUCUUGCUAUAAAAACCGAUUAUAUGAGUAAAAUAAAAUUAAUAGAAGGUUUAACAGUAGCUGCGGAAGCUUUUGCUUGCAUAAUAUUCUUUCCUGUGUCUGGUAAAAUAUUGAAUAAAUUAGGAUAUGAUUACACUUUUAUUCUCUCUUUCAUAUUUUAUGCACUACGACUAGGAUUAAUAUCUGUAGCACCAACACCAUGGUGGAUAGUUCCAAUAGAAUUUAUUAUGGUAGGACCAUCAUAUACACUUUCCUUCGUAACAACAGUAGCAUUCGCUAAUGCAAAUUCAUCACCAAAUUUAUCUGGUUCUGCUCAAGGAAUUUUGUCAGGAAUGAAAGAGGGUUUUGGUUUUGCUGUCGGUAAUUUGGUGGGAAGUACCUUGUUAAAAAAAUAUGGUGGUGCGUUGACUCUACAAAUAUAUUCAAUAUGUGCAGCAUUUUGUGCGCUAAUGUAUUUUCUACUUCACAUUACAUAUUUAAAACAUAAAACACCAGGAACACAAAAUAAUAUUGAAUGGGAAGAAUCUGAUAACGCAUGAACACAUUGUGUUGUAGAAUAAUAAAGCAAGAUGUUUUUAUAAUAUUAUAAAUAAAUUGAUUAUUUCAAAAGUCUAUCAUUGCAUUUAUAAUAUUUUCUAAUUAAAAACUUAAAAAUCUUGUAUGUACUAAAAAUA